AUGGCUCGCACGUCUGUCACUCCCCCCCCAAGGGGUGGUGGGGUGCGCAGCGCUGACACCCACGCCAAGGGGGCGGAAGUGCCCAUACUGUGGCACUCACUCUGCGGCCUCUCUGGGCGCACCGGGAGGUCCCGCUCUCUCUGGUGGCGCGAUCGCAUCCCGCAGGCGGGGCCAGGGAGGCGCCCGCCCCAGUCCCCCAGCCAGGGCCGGAGAGCCGGGUGGGAGGUCCCGCCGCCGUCGGGGCGGACGGGGACAGCAUGUCCCUGGAAGAUCCCUUCUUCGUGGUCCGGAGCGAGGUGCAGAAGGCGUGAACACUGGGCCGAGCUGCUGCUCGACGGGGCGGCCGUGGGCGCCGAGCGGGACUGGACCGAGUCCGAGCUGCGCAGCAGUGUGCGCUGCAUCGAGUGGGACCUGGAGGACGCGGAGGAGACCAUCGGCAUCGUGGAGGCGAACCCCAGCAGAUUCAAGCUCCCAGCCGGGUCCCUGCAGGAGAGGAAGGUGUUUGUAAGGUGCAUGAGGGAAGCUGUGCAGGAAAUGAGGGACCUGAUGGUAUGCCCCGAAGCCCUGGCCUUGCUGGAGAGAAGUAGCAGGGAGCCACUGGUGGGGCCGCCGGCUGCCCAGAAGCCCCCCAGCGACCUACUGGACGCCAGAGCCAUCUCAGCCAACGCACUGCUUUUUGGAAGAGCAGCAGGUGGGGGCGGGGCCUGUGGACACGCCUCUGCCCCACAACCUAUCGGGGACCAGCUGGGGGCGGGGCCCGAGUGCUUGAAGACCCACCCCCAUAACCCACAACUCAUUCUAGACGAGCAGCUGGACCUGGUGUCCGGCAGCAUCCGGACCCUGAAGCCCAUGUCCAGCCGGGUGGGCGAGGAGCUGGACGAGCAGAGCACCCUGCUGGAUGCCUUCGCCCAGGACUUGGGAGCACACGCGGUCCCGGAUGGGGUUCUGUGGAGGAUGGACAAGGUGAUGCACAUGACGAGCGAUGGCCGCCAGUGGUGUGCCAUAGCUGUCCUUUCCGGGCUGCUGCUGCUCGUUCUCAUCCUGCUGUUCGCGCUCUGACCGCCCCGCACCCCCACAGCCCGCAGUGGGUUAAGCGCAGGUGGCACAAAGCGCAAGGACCGGCAUAAAGAUCCCGGUUCGAACCCCGGCUCCCCAGCUGCAGGGGAGUUGCUUCCCAGGCGGUAAAGCAGGUCUGCAGGUGUCUGUCUUUCUCACCUUGUCUCUCCAUUUCUCUGUUCUAUCCAAAGACAGUAAUAAUGUUAAGAA